CAGACCUCCCCGGCAUUUCCGACGUCACCUCACCUCCCUCCCCGGCCAUUAAUCCUCGUCCCCCCCGCAGUGCCCGCACCCACCCGGUUGUCAUCGUCAGCCGCUCGCUCCCUCGGUCACUCACUCACUCACUCACUCCCCUCUAGUACAUCACUCACCGCCCGCCAAGCGCGAAGCUGUCACUCUGCUGACCGCUUGACAGAGCAGAGCACGGCACCUAGCCGCCCUCUCACCGACCCAUGGCCAUGGGCGGCGCGUUCCCCUUCCAGUGGCCCGAGGGCCCCGCGGAUCCUGUUCUCGACGACGUGACCUUGCCUCCGCUGCCCACGGCGGCGCCCGACGCCGGGGUCGCCGCGUACUACGCGGACGCGGCGGACGUGCACGCGAUGCACAUGGCGCUGCCCGAUUUCGCGGCGGCGCUGGCGGCGAUGCGGCGGGAGGAGGAGGAGGCCGCGGGCAUCCGCCUGGUGCACCUCCUCAUGAGCUGCGCCGGCGCCGUCGAGGCGGCCGACCACGCUGGCGCGUCCGCGCACCUGGCGGACGCGCACGCCGCGCUCGCCGCCGUCUCGCCCACCUCCGGCAUCGGCCGCGUGGCCGUGCACUUCACCGCCGCGCUGUCCCGCCGGCUGUUCCCUCCCACGCCUUCGCCUUCGCCUUCGCCUCCGCCCCCGGCCCCGCACGCCGCCGACGCCGACCGAGCCUUCCUCUACCACCGCUUCUACGAGGCGGGUCCCUACCUCAAGUUCGCGCACUUCACGGCCAACCAGGCCAUCCUGGAGGCCGUCCAGGGCUGCAAGCACGUGCACAUCAUCGACUUCAGCAUCAUGCAGGGCCUCCAGUGGCCAGCGCUGAUCCAGGCCCUCGCGCUCCGCCCCGGCGGGCCGCCGUCGCUCCGCCUCACGGGCAUUGGGCCGCCGUCCCCGCCAGGGCGCGACGACCUCCGCGACGUCGGGGUCCGCCUCGCCGACCUGGCGCGCUCCGUGCGCGUCCACUUCUCCUUCCGCGGCGUGGCCGCCAACCGCCUCGACGAGGUGCGGCCCUGGAUGCUGCAGGUCUCGCAGGGCGAGGCCGUGGCCGUGAACUCCGUGCUCCAGCUGCACCGCCUCCUCGCCGACGCUCCCUCGUCGGGCGACGCCCGGGCGCCCAUCGACGCCGUGCUGGAGUGCGUCGCGUCCGUGCGCCCCAGGGUGUUCACGGUGGUGGAGCAGGAGGCGGACCACAACAAGCCGGGGUUCCUGGACCGGUUCACGGAGGCGCUCUUCUACUACUCGGCGGUGUUCGACUCCCUGGACGCGGCGAGCGGCGGCGCGGGCGACGCGGCGGCGGAGGCCUACCUGGAGCGCGAGAUCUGCGACAUCGUGUGCGGCGAGGGCGCGGGGCGCAGGGAGCGGCACGAGCCGCUGUGGCGGUGGCGUGACAGGCUGGGUCGCACGGGGCUGGCCGCCGUGCCGCUGGGGGCCAACGCGCUGCGGCAGGCGAGGAUGCUGGUUGGGCUCUUCUCCGGGGAAGGACACUGCGUGGAGGAGGCCGAGGGGUGCCUGACACUGGGCUGGCACGGGCGGCCGCUCUUCUCGGCGUCCGCGUGGCGCGCGGAAGAGAACAAUCAGAGUGACAGCAGGAGCAGGAGCAGCGGCAGUGAGGAGAGCAAUAUCAGCUGCAGCAGCUAGAGCGUCGCUACUUUACUGUAAAUUCCUUCGGUGAGAGGCUAGUAGCGGGGUUUACUGUAAAAUCGCGG